AUGUUUCCAACAUUUAUUUCUUCUAAACUUUACUUCAAAACAUUUAUUCUUUUAUUUGUUUUCAUCUCCCAUGUUUUGGCUGUUUCGCCUCCUCCACAACAACAUACAACAAACAUUACUUUAAAUGAACAAACAAAUACAACAACCCCUAUUCCAUCCAAAACAACUGCUUCGACAACAACAUUACCUACAACAGCAAAAACAUCAACGCCUACAACAACAACAAUAAAGGCUACAACAACAACAACGAUUAAAACAACAGCAAAAACAACACCAAUUUAUAAAAAAAGUCCGCAACAACAACAACAACAUUAUCAACCAAAAAACACCCAACAACGAAAGAAAAUUCUUCACCGUAUUAAUUAUGAAGAGCCAACUAAUUAUCAAUCUUCUUAUGAACGACAUCCUUAUGAAAGGGCUUAUCCUCCAAAAUAUAAUAGUCGAGGAUAUUAUGGAAGUGGAGAAAGAGAAUAUGGGGGAGAUUAUAAAGAAGGGUAUCAAAAUAAGGAAUACCCAAGUCAUAAUGAGUAUAAUAACGAAGGGUAUUUUUUAAAUCUUUUCAGAAAAAAUUUUUUAAAUUUCACUAGAAACUAUGAACAAUACCAAAAUGGUCAUGAAAAAGAAUAUUAUCCAGCAGAAGAGAAAAAGCCUUAUGCUCCUGAAGGGAAUUAUAAUUAUGAGAAAGAAUCAGAAGAAUAUAAUAAUUAUGACGAAUAUAAUCAACAACAACACUAUUCCGGUACUUCCCCUUGGGCUUUUGAUCAAAAUAAACGACAUUCUUAUGAUUCUCAUUACUGCUCAGUCCACGGUUCGUUCUCCCUUGCUUUAGCUACUAGCUAUGGCAAUGAAUACAAUAGCAAUUAUGGAAAAAGCGAGGAAGGGAAAGAAUAUGAUCAAAGUUAUUCUCCUACUCCCCUGCCACGUUAUCAUACACGCCAAUUUUGCCGUUUUACUGCUGCAAACAGUCAGAAAGCUUGUCAAAUCUGUUGUAGAAUUGUUGCUAGAAGUGCUAAUACUAGCCCCGACGAUAUAAUCUCUACCAUCUUUAAAUUUGACCCAGCAUAUCCAUCAGCAAAUGGAGCAGGAAUUGGUGGGGAUUAUGAAGAAACAAGUUAUACGUCUACUUCUUUGUUUCAAUGUGUUUGUUGUGCUCCGAAAUAA